UGUUAGGAAGAGCUGUAGGUAGCACACCCCUAACUAGAACGUACCUGUUUUGUAUUUGUGUAGUGUCCUGGUGACAGGUAAUAAAUCAACUGGAACUCCAUCAAGAACUGAUCAUUUAAUUGUAAAAUGAGGGUUUUGUGGAUUUCAUGCCUGCUGAUUGGAAGUAUCACCUGUGGCCCUGUGGGAAAGAAAUUUAGUGCAAACAAUGCUGACCCAAGCUCCAUGAUGCGGCUGCCAUUUUCUUAUGGGUAUGGGUACAGUGGAAUGGGGGUGAGUUCGGACUCAGGCAGCAGCUUCCCUCAACCAAGUCUAUCCAACCCAAGCUCUGACAAAGCUGCUGAACUUCCUGCUCCACAAGAUGCCAUUUCCAGUGCUGGGGCUGGCAGUUACAGUGGCUCUCCAGUAUACUACAGCGGUGCCAACAUGGCUGCCGGUAAUGCAUUUUAUGGUGGCUAUGCUAGUUUUGGGGAUGAACGGUAUGGCUAUGAGAACAGUGCUCCAAGUGGUGGCUAUGGUGGUUCAGCCAGUGCUUAUGUAGGGGACAGCUGGAGCUCUGGCUCUGCUAACAGCUAUGAUGGUGGUGACGAAAACUCUGAGCCGGUCUUCAGUGACGUGUCUGAUCUGGAGCCAGUCUACUCCUUCAAUUCACGUUCAAGCUACCAGAGAGGAAGAGCAGUGUUUGCUCAAACCCGCUACAGCCCAGAAGAGCCUGUUCCCCAAAUCAUGCCAGUAUCCAGACGCAUUAGCAAAACUUCUAAGCCACAUAGUCCUGCUAAAGCUCCAACCAAGGGUGGCUUCUGAAGACCCUCUGGACUUGUUUUCCAGCUACAUGUUCUGAUGCCAAUAAAGGUCUUUAAUAAAAGUCUCUGGUUCUUAAA